UCUAAGGUAUGAAGAGUUAUGGCUCCGCAGUUUUUAGGCUCUGAUUUCCUAACUGAAGAAAAAAUUGAGGAAUGUGUGCAGGGUUUUAACAAAAUAGGUUUUCCUCAACGCUUUUAGCUUUGAUGGAUUACAGAUAUAAAUUUUUGUACAUAAACGUGUCAUCGCUAAAAAAUUCUUAGAAAGCUCCACUUCUGAAAAUCAAAUCUAAAUAUAUUAGUGGCAUAAACGUUCCUGUUACGUGCAUUGCAGAUACUGCGUUUAGGUUGUCGACGUCAGUUAUGAAGCCGUAUCCAUUUUCAUCCACCAAUGAUGAAUAUAAAAAAACAUUUCACUACCAAGUAUCAAAAGCAAGGCGAGUGGUCGAAAAUGCGUUCGGGCAUUUAAAAGCAAGUUUCAGGCGAUUAGGGAAAGGUUUAGAAAACAACAUCAAAAACGCAGCGUUAAUAAUAAAAUGUUGUUGUGUGCUGCAUAACUUUCUUAAUGAACAUAAUGAUUUCAUUAAUUCCAAGUGGCAACAUGUUCAAAAGGAAUAUGAGAAGAAAAACUACAGAUUACAACCACAUCACGAAGACCUUUCCAAUGACAAAAACCCGCAAGCAGAGGAAAUAAGAAAAGCAAUAGCUGAUUAUUUUGAAGUUUCUUCACACGCAUCUUCAGAUGGUUGUUUGGACGAUGAUGAAACGUGGAUGGAAAUCGAUCCACUAUCGAUUGGAGAUGAUGCACAAAGUUUUUCAUCCGAAUUAACCAUGAAUAUAAUGCAACAGACAAAAUAGUUUGAUUUAUAAAACAUUUUGU